CCUGUCCUCAUUGGCUGAUUUGAAUUUUAUUACGUUAAAGAAAUCGAUUGGCCAAUUGCGAUCGUCCGUUUUCUUAUCCGACUUUUACAUAUUAUACAGAGUGUCCCGUUAGUGUUGUGUCUGUGACAUUGAAAAAACCUGUUUAUUUAUAGUUGAUUGUGUUUUUUACAUUUCAUUUUAGAAGGUCGGAUCUUGUCAUAUCACUUCUGGUACUUGGUGCUGCGAACGAAACGAAACAGGCCUGCCGUGCUGAUUAUUGACCCACUCGAAGCAACCGGAACCAUUAUGCCAUAUACAUCGACAAUCUAAAACGAGAGACGUGACUCGAUUAAUAAUCGAAUGAACCGUUAGUUAAUUAUGCUUAUUUAUUAACAAGCGAAAUGAUGGAGGAGGUGACUACACGCCCUAAUUUAGAGUACAUCCCCUCUCUUCCCCCUAAAGUAAAGCAAAUGACCGGGUCGACUACAUUUACACAAAUUACUAGCGAUGAUGCUAGCCUUCGAGUGAAUGGAUACGCCGAUAGCCGGUCAGACAUGGACUCUCUAAGUUCGAUGCACUCUCUUGUCCUUAAUUCUAAGACACCAACAACAACGGUAUAUUUAGCGGCAACCCAGCCAGAGCAACCCGCGAUCACACCUAGUGCAGACGCACUAACCAACGGUCCUCAUGUAGUCACGAUCAGAAUAAACACGGAUGCUGAUAAGCCGAAGGCUCCGAAAAUAUCAAGUGUUCACCUAAAAAGUGACAUCGAUUUUGAUACAUACAAAAUUAAUGAAAAUGGCAAGAAAAACAGCAGUCUAGUCAGACUUAAUGUGGAGGAGAGUCGACCAAAAAUUCUAGAUAAUGAGGAUCUUUCUAAGGUGGAUAAGUCACCGUACAUUUAUUGUAAUUCGUACGUAAACACAAUGUCGAACAUCGUAAUGUCGAGUGGGCAAUGCUCUCCGAGUGACACUUUAGAUUCAGGGACAUGCAGCGACCUUGACGGAACGCCGCCACCGCUUCCAAAAAAGAAGACGUCAAAAUCUAACUCCGCAAAGAAAGUCUCCGUUACGGUAAUUAGUCAUUCAAGAAAUCAGAGCGAGGUCGAUUACGAAGAUAACGACUCUAACAUAUCGUGUGACUCGCUAAAUAGUAGCGAGUUAAAUGGAAGCGUGCAUGCCGACGAAAGUCACAGCGACGACGCGAGUAAAAAAGAAAAGAAACAGUCUUCCGAGGCAACGCCACAAACGUUGGCCAAGGUGAACAAUAAAGACAGCUUUCUACCGCAGGGUCUUCUUCAAGAUAUUAGAGAUCGUUCAGCGAAACUCAACACGAUCGAAACGGAAAGUGAGUUACAGACUGAGCAGACUGAGGAAAUCAGCCAGAAUAUUAAUGUCAAUGCAAAUAUAUCAAAAGAAAGCGCCGAACUCACGUCGUUCCGUUUAGUUUCCCAGUUUAAUAAUGAAGUAAAGAAAAACGAUGUAGAAUCGUUGCCGGCAACUGAAACUAAAACGCCCCUAAUUAGCGAGCGUACUUACGAAGAAAGAAAACAGACAGAAAAGAUGAAGGAAGACCAGAUAUGUUAUAGCAGUCAUUACUUUGAUACGGACAAAUUUUAUGAUUUCCAUUUAAACGAAAAACAAUUUGAUGAUGUAUCAGUGAAAAGUGUUAGUGAAAAUAAUAGUGUUUGUGAACAGAUCUCCGAUAUCGAGUAUUUUGCGGGAAUAAAAGAUUAUAAAAGUGAGGAAGCGCCGUCUACAAUAAAAAGUUCUAAGGGAACGAUUCGUGGUGUGAAAAAUCGCGUUCGUGCGGGAAUUGCAACAUUCCUCCAGAUCCAAAGCACGACAAAGAGUUACAAAGAAAAAGACGCUGGCAAGGUAGUGCUGUACACCACAACUAUGGGCAUAGUACGCAGCACGUACCAACGAUGUCUCCUUGUCAAGAAGAUCCUCCGAAACUUGCUGGUGAAGUAUGAAGAGAGGGACGUCUUCAUGAGCAUGGAAUACCAGGACGAGAUCAGGGACAGGAUGAGGAGUGACCAGAUACUCGUUCCUCAGUUGUUCAUCGAUGGACAAUAUAUUGGGGACGCAGAGACGGUUGAAAAAUUGAACGAGUGCGGCGAACUCAGGAAAAUGCUGAAACCGUACAAGAGCCCAGAUGCGUGCAACACAUGCCAAUACUGCGGCGGCUUCCGUCUCCUGCCGUGUCGGAUUUGCAAUGGUUCCAAGAAAAGUCUACACAGGAACCAUUUUACUGCGGAAUUCGUCGCCCUGAAAUGCAUGAAUUGCGAUGAAGUCGGUCUCGUUCGUUGCGAAGCCUGCUCUUGAUUAUUUCUUGAAAAUCAAGGAUCAAAUUACAAUUUUAGGAUCUGGAAAUCAAG